CCACUUGAUGACUCAGUUCAACUUGAUGUAGCACCAGCAAAUAUGAUGUGCGACUAUGCGAAGUACCAAGCGACAAUGGAUCUCAUCAAGGUGUAUGAGCAGAACAUGUCGACAACAAACGACUUCCAAAGUCUGGUCGUUCUUAGGUAUAAUAUGGACGUGCUCUCGUUCAUGGACGUUUGGCAGACAUGCACUCAGCAGGCAUCCAACUACCUUGUCUUGGAGACCAAGAACGUCACACUGAUGUCCAGCUCAUGUCCAUAUGAUUUCGACACGCCACAGUUCGUUCAGGACCCUUGCUGCAAUCGGUUCUACAAGUUCCGUCAGUGCUGCCUGCCUCGCAGCGUGACGCUCACCAAGUCUGUGCUCCGCGGAUUUGACUCGGACUUGAUCUCAGACCAAUGUACUAGCCCUGGCUGCACCAAGUCUGUGCUACAGGACUACUACUCAUCGGCACAGCGCUUGGACAGUGGCGAGUGCCAGCUCUCAAUGCAUAGCAUCGACCAACGCAUGGCCGAUUUGGUAGAUUUGGUCCAAAGUUGCAAAGACCAGGCCUACCAAACAAUUUGGUGCAAGAGCGAUGGAGACUGCCCUACUGGCGGCGUGUGCAGUCUAUACACACGCGCGUGCCUCACCAGCCCCCAGUCACAGGACAAGGCCUACAUCACGUGCGUGCUUGGUGGCUUGGCCAAGUCCACCAUCUACACGCUGAAGCAGCAACUGGGCGCGUCCAACCUCACAGACAGUGACCCGAUCCUCACUGACCUAGUGUACAAUCGAUACAGGAUGUUGGACUGUGUCUCACCCAUUGGAAACAACAACUACCGCACCAAAUACGUCAGGCGGCCAUUGGUUAGGCUUGGCAAGUACCCUUGCUAUGACACCCUGUGUAAAGUGCUACACAAUGCAAACCUUGAUUACAGCUCUGGACUCCUGAACCCGUGGACUAUGGCUCUACCAAUAGCGUCGACACAGGUAUGUGCGCUCUACGGAUUGUGUCCAGGCCGGGAGCAGGCAUGUCUUGCCAGCAACCCAGCCUGUGCCAACACAUGCACCAAGGGCAACUUCUGUGGCUACUGCUCAUCCCCGAACUCAUUGUGCCACGUGUUCCCAUCGCUCACCAACGCCACGACCUGCCCUGACAACCGUGUAUGUCUACUAUCCAACGGCGUGUUCAACACCACGGCAACCGAUGCUGAGUGCUCAUCGAUGGGCUCGUGCUCGACCAACUGCGGCUACAAAUGCGCUGGACCCUACACAGGCUGCUUCCAUCAAGGUGCAAAUUUCGGCAAUUGCAGCGUGAACUACACGUGGGAUCCCACAAACUCAUUGUGCACAGCGCCAAGCUUGUCGAAUCAACAAUGCACCGAUCAAGGUCUGAGCUGGGUUGAUUGUUCCACAAUGACCGAGUACGAAUGCACUGACUAUAGGGGCUCCAACCCCACCGUUCCCAUAUGCUCUGCCCAGCCCAUAGCUUGUACGACUCGCGAGCAAUGUGAGUCAGCUGGCACCUGCACCGACCUGGUCUACCUCGACACCGCGCUUGGAAGGUGCGUUCGCAAUCAUACCCAAACUGUUGAUCCCGGCCAGCCAGCCUGUCUGAAUUCGGAAACAGACUCGCCAAUGGGGUGUUAUAACCAAACAAAAGAUCAAAUUCUUACUAAGGCUCAGUGUACCUCGCUCGGCCUAACAUGGUGGACGGCAGCCACCUCCAAGGACCAGUGCCUGUCACCACUGGGAUGUCUUAUGACUGACUACUCCAACACCACCGUUGGCCAGCGACGCUUCAAUGAAAUGGGCGAGCAGCAGUGCAAUCAAUGUGGCGCCUCAGACCAGUAUCAGUGGACCAACAAAUUCGCGUGGACGCCCGCCAAGUGGCUGCCUGGCGUGAUGACCAACGCUCAAUGGUACAGCAAUGUUGGAUUCGUCCAAGGCAGCACAUACCAGGACUCAUUCUCUUUGGAUGCCUUUGCGACCAAUUUGAGCGCCAUUGUCAUGUUCAGCCAAACCAGAUCCAGUUGCCAAUUCCAGAGGGUCCAGGUCAGCGUAGACACCAUCGCCUGCAGCUGCUCCGGUCCAGGCAAUAGCCAGUGCUUCCAGUCAACGUCCGUGCCCACCCAGACGGUCCAGGUCUGUGCUUUGGAGCAACAGAAGAGUCUCUUUGCCAACGGCUACAUUACAUUCAAUUCGAAUUCAGUGGCGUCACAAUGUAUCAAUGUGAAGCUCCUGGAUGCUAGCAGACAGACCAUGGCAGCUUCACCAACACGUGUGGCACUCAGCGCAGAGUUUGUAAACUAUCUCGCACCAAUCGGCUUUGGAGUCACCAACAAGGAUGGAGCAUUCAUUGGACAGGUCAUAGGCGAUGGCGUGGGCAUCGACGGUGCAGUCUCCAACUACACACUGUGUCUGGGCGUGGACUCUGACGCCAGCAUCGAUAGAAGCUACCACGUCUACGACCUUGGCCUGCGCCAGGACAAUCUCAAUCAGUCCAACCUUCUCUUGCCAAUGGAGGUUACCACCGUUCCAGGCCAAUCAAAGGAUGGCCAGAGUUUAAUAUGCGCCACCAUCACACAGGACAUCACUGGCUACACAGUCUUCCCAAUCGCCCGUGUGAGCAACUGGAGAACUGCCAAACGCGAAUACUUCACCAAUACUCAGCGCGUACUGAUGUACAUACUGGCAACCAUGUACUGCUUGUGUGCGGUGUGGGGCUUGUUCCAGAUUGGCAUCAUCAUACUCAAGCUGGUCAAUCGCCACGAGGGCACCAAGCUGACACACGCGCUCAUCACGGCCAUCACGGCAUUCACCUUGAUCCGUGCCAUCUACUUCUACAUGCUGCCAUCUGGCACGCUCUACAGCUUCGAGGCGUCGGACUAUGUACUUGUCAUUCUGCCCACGUUCAUCUACUUCACGUCGUUCUCAUUCAUCCUGGCGCUCUGGUACAUUAUCAUCAGCUCGGACAUGCUACAGAACUACAUGAAGCGACUCAAGCGCAUCAUCAUCGUGCUCAAUGGAGUGUUGUAUAUCGCCUGCAUCAUCAUCAUCCUGGUGUUCAACUUCUCCAAGAGCACUCGAUCCUCUAGCUUCUGUGGCGGCCGUUUCCUCGAGACCCUCUCCAACUCCAAGACACAGACCAUCAUCUCGUACUUCUACGGUAUUCUUCAAGCCACCAUCUCGCUGGUCUUUGGUGUGACUUUCAUCUACUUGGGCAUCAGGAUCAACAACAUGCUGGGACACAGCAAGGAAAGGACACUGCGCACACCAUCGCGAUUCAAGGCGCUGGCGAACCGCAUGUCGGAUCGCAAGGUGCAGCUAUUCUUUGUGACGGUGACCUGCUCUUUCGGACUGAUACUGCACAGCGUGUUUGUGUUGGUGUUGGUGUCUGCUCGCUACGCCAACAUGAUAUUCAGCUUUAUCUGUCUCAUAUUGUCCGAGCUCCUGCCUGCAUUCACCAUCUUCACAGUGUACAACCAAGGCAAGGUACGCGAGUUCCUCAAGAACAGCGGUGGCAGUGGAGGAAGACCAUCACAGGCCAGCACCACCAUGUCAAGCACCGAGGCCGGCAGCAAGAUGAGGACACUCAACUCGUCUGGAUCAAUGUCCACCAUGACCCAA